AUGGCUGUAAACUCACUUUUGGAGUGUCUAGACAUUAAGAGCUUUCUGCUUUUUGUGACUGUCUUCCUGUUGCUCACUGAAAUCCUCAAGAAUAAAAAUCCUCCAAAUUUUCCCCCAGGACCUUGGCCUCUGCCUUUCUUGGGAAAUGUCUUCAUUGUGCAGGAUCCAGAGACAAUGGCUAAGCUUGGUCAACAAUACGGCAAUAUUUUCAGUCUUAGGAAGAGGAGUGAAAAGAAUGUGUUUGUGUUAGGGUAUAAAAUGGUCAAAGAAACUUUAGUUAACAAAGGAGAGAAUUUUGUUGACCGUCCAAGCGAGCCUCUAUUCAGUGAAGCUUAUAAAGUUAUUGGCCUGAUUGGAAGCAAUGGCCACAUGUGGAAGAAACACAGGAGGUUUGCAAACACUUACUUUAAGUCCUUUGGAGAGGGAAGGAAGACGAUUGAGUUAUAUAUUCAACAGGAGUGUAACUUCCUUUGUCACGCCAUAGAAGAACGGGGAAAGCUCUGUGACCUUCAGUUCUUAAUAAAUAAUGCGGUCAGCAACGUCAUAUGCACUCUGGUGUUUGGUCAUCGUUAUGACUACAGUGAUGCAGACUUUCAGGAGCUUCUACGUUUGGAAGCUGAAUGCAUCCACUUAGUAGGCACUACCCAUGCUCAGCUGUAUAAUGAUUUCCCAAGACUGAUGAAAUUUCUACCUGGACCUCAUCAAAUAAUUUUUUCUAACUAUACUAAAAUUAUUGACUUCCUGAGAAAAGAAAUAGAGAAACAUAAAAAGGACUGGGAUCCAUCAGAUCCUCGCGACUUUGUGGACGCUUACAUAGGAAAGAUAGAGGAGAUGAAGGAUGACCCUGAGGCUGGAUUCAAUUUGGAGACCCUGACAAUAUGCAUUGUGGACCUCUUUGAGGCUGGAACAGAGUCCUCGUCCACAACCUUACGAUGGGGUCUCCUCUUCAUGAUGAAAUACCCAGAUGUACAAAAAAAGGUCCAGGCUGAAAUAGAUAGAGUCAUUGGACAGUCACGUCUACCCACUAUAGCAGACAGAGUCAAAAUGCCCUACACUGAUGCUGUAGUCCAUGAAAUACAGAGAAAGGCUGAUAUUUUGCCUCUUGGUUUCCCCAAAAUCGCCAGCAAGGACACAUCAAUUGGUGGAUACUUCAUACCAAAAGGAACUAUAGUGACUGCUAAUCUCACUUCUGUGCUGAAUGACAAAAAUGAGUGGGAAACACCAGGUAGCUUCAACCCUGGACAUUUCCUGGAUUCACAGGGACAGUUUCGGAGAAGAGAUGCAUUCUAUCCAUUCUCAGCAGGAAUGAGGGUGUGUCUUGGAGAACAAAUGGCUCGUAUGGAGUUGUUCCUAUUCUUCACCUCACUGCUCCAGCGGUUCACUUUUUCUCCACCUCCUGGGGUAGAGCCUGACCUGGAGGGUGUGCUUGGGUUCACUUAUGCCCCAAAGCCUUUCAAAAUGUGUAUUCUGCCUCGCUGA